AUGUCGCCACCAGUAACGGGCAGUAGUAACGGCGCGGCCCCUGUAGUGGCGGUGGCUCCAUCUAUGGACACCUUGGAAAUCACUCCACUCGGCGCUGGGCAGGAGGUGGGUAGAAGCUGUGUUAUAUUGAAGUUCCGAGGAAGAACGGUCAUGUUCGACUGUGGCAUUCAUCCAGCGCAUACCGGGAUGACUGCCCUACCAUUUUUCGAUCAUCUUUCGACUGCCGACCUCACUAACGUCGAUCUGCUGCUGGUCACGCAUUUCCAUUUGGACCAUUCUGGGGCGGUACCGUAUUUGAUAGGACGAACAGAUUUCAAAGGGCGCACAUAUAUGACCCAUCCGACGCGACCAAUAUGUCGGCUACUAUGGCAAGACUACGCUCGAGUGUCGAAAAUCACAGCUGCUGAGGACCAAGUGUACGGUCGAACUGAUAUUGACAAGUGUAUGCAGAGAAUAGAUACAUGCACGUUUCACCAGACGGUUACUAUUUCAACUCCUGCAGGGCCGAUUUCCUUUACAGCGUAUCGUGCAGGGCAUGUCUUGGGAGCAGCCAUGUUCGUCGUGGAGAUAGAUGGUGUGCGUCUACUCUAUACAGGGGACUUCAGUCGGGAGGUAGAUGUUAUGGGGGUUCUCACUCUGUAG